AGCAGCAUGUGCAGCUCCAGUGGCACAGCAGAGACUGGUCCACCAGAUGCAGAGAUCAGUGGCUGUGUCCAUCCCUGUUAACUGCGGCCAUGUCUCCUGUGAGCUCAGAUAAUGACAAGCCUGUUGAGAAUGGCAAGGACAAGGAAUCCAUCAACACGCUACUGAAGGGACUGGAGACAAUUUCUCCUUUGGUCCGCUCUGCACAGGAGACCCCUGAGCCGAUCUCUACCACAGUACAAGGCACCAUUCCCUCCUGGAUCAAUGGCAAAUUCCUCCGCAACGGCCCGGGGAAGUUUGAAUUUGGAAACACACACUACAACCACUGGUUCGACGGGAUGGCGAUGCUACACCAGUUCAAGAUCGACAAAGGCCAGGUGACGUACAUGAGUCGGUUCCUGAGCAGCGAUGCCUACAAGAAGAACAGUGAGAGGGACCGCAUCAUGAUGUCAGAAUUCGGCACACUCGCCAUGCCCGACCCCUGUAAAAACUUCUUUCAACGCUUCCUGUCUCGCUUUGAGAGGAUGGAGCCAACGGAUAAUGCGAGUGUGAGCUUUGUGAAGUACAAAGGUGACUACUAUGUCAGCACAGAGACGAACUUCAUGCACAAAGUGAACCCAGAAAAUCUGGAAACGCUGGAAAAGGUGGACUGGAGCAAGUUUAUUGCUGUUAAUGGAGCCACUGCCCACCCACACUAUGACCCUGAUGGUACCACCUACAAUAUGGGCAACUCCUAUGGAAGCAAAGGAGCCCAGUACAACAUCAUCAAAGUGCCGUCUGAGAAGACCGAUGCCAAAGACACGCUUCAAGGCGCCAAAGUGCUCUGCUCUAUCGUGCCUUCAAACAAGUCCCAUCCCUCCUACUAUCACAGCUUCGCCAUGUCAGAGAACUGUGUGGUGUUCAUCGAGCAGCCAAUCAAGAUGGACCUGCUGAAGAUCGUGACAUGUAAGAUGAGGGGGAAGGCUCUGAGCGAGGGCAUCUACUGGGAUCCCAAUGAGGAAACUGUCUUCCAUGUUGUUGACAAGCACACAGGCAAGGUCAGCUCAGUGAAAUACCACACCAAAGCCAUCGCCACCUUCCAUCAGAUCAACGCCUUCGAGGAGGAUGGAUUCCUGAUGCUUGACAUGUGCUGCUCAGACGACGGCCAAGCCAUCAACAACUACCUCAUCCAGAACUUACGCAAGUCAGGAGAUGCACUUGAUGAGGUGUACAACACCAUCUCCAAGAAUUACCCCCGGCGUUUUGUUUUGCCCCUGAAUGUGACAAGUGAAACACCAACAGGCCAGAACCUGAACACACGGCCCUCCAGUAACGCAACGUGUGUCAAAGUCAGCACAGAUAAGGUCUUCUGCCAGCAUGAGGACCUCCAUGGUGAUGAUCUCAAUGACUACGGAGGCCUGGAGUUCCCUCAGAUCAACUAUGACAGAUGUAACACACGACCAUACCGAUAUUUCUACGGCUGUGGCUUCAGACAUCUGGUGGGAGACUCUCUGCUCAAGAUGGACCUGAACGACAAGACACUCAAGGUCUGGUACCAGAAGGGUCUCUACCCCUCAGAGCCCGUGUUUGUGCCGUCACCCGAAGCCGUGGAGGAGGAUGAUGGUGUCGUCCUCUCUGUGGUUCUCACCCCCUCACAAGAUAAAGGGACGUUCCUCCUGGUUUUGGACGCCAAGACAUUUGAGGAGUUGGGAAGAGCCAAUGUGCCUGUUAAUAUUCCUUAUGGCUUCCAUGGAACCUUCAAUGCAUCUACAUAGAUCUAACCAUGUAGCUCUUCUGAUACAUGACAUGAUACAAAGAAUACUAAAUGCAGUAUUACUCACACACAAGUUAUUACUAUAAUGUGGGCAUCAAUUUAUAUUGUAGGAUGGUCCUACUUUUAUAUCACACAAGUGUCUAAUGGACAUUUUCUUUUGUACUCUUUUUAGUCUCAAACUAUAUUUUUUUAAGGCUGAUUUACUUUUAUAAAUCCUUCACUUUACUAAUAUUUACCUCUGUGAACUUUCAAGUGCAGUUACACAGUUGUGCUUCUUUAAAACACAGAAUCUCUGCCAUUUUCUGAAAUAUGAUCACAUGUGAAAACAGCUGCUUCAACCGGACUUUAUUAUUGAGGUGUUUUAGAAUUGAAUCAACUUUUUUUAUAGAAAAUGAAAAUCAUCAUAUUAUGUCUUGUGCUACUUUUGUUUUGCUACGUUAUUUUUAAACACUAAAGUUUGUAAUUUGUUUGAUUUAACACAUUUAUUUUGAACAUGUUAACAAAUUGCAAAAAAAUUUAAACAUUUACCAAAACAUUCUUCACUUCACAACUAUCAAGGGUCCCAACAUCCCAACAUUGAACCCUGGGGAUCCCCAAAGGUAAUGUUCAGAAACGGGUUAACGAAGAGAGACCUCUCCCUCUAAAUCCAGGUCUUUGUAUUUUUUCAAAUAGUAAAUCUUGCUCUAACGUGUCAAAUGUUUUUUUUAUUUUGAGAACCAGAAAUACCACUACUACAUAUUCUUUAUUUUCUAUUGCUGUUUCUAUUUUUUAAUUUCUUCCUUUUAUACAAAUAAAGUGGUCUCACCAGCUCCAAAUCUAUGUUGCUGCUUAUAUGUAAUGUAUUAUGAUUUGUAAUGAAGUGAUAAAGUUUUGUAUGGAAUAUUUUCUAGUAUCCAUUAGAAGCAAAGGAAAAAGGUCUGCAGUUUGAGAGUAUGUUUGUAUCCAGCUUUAUAUAUUAUCUAUCAUAAUAAACAUUUGUCUUGGUUAGUAGAGGCUGGGUACAGAUAUGAGUCAGAGGUUUUAUAGUAAAUUUAAUUACAUUUUUAACCAAACAUUUCAAUUUUAUUCCAGACAGCGGGUCUUUUACUCUUGAUCUUUAAAACAAUUUCUUACAUAUAGAUUUUUUAAUACAACUUUGCUUGCCACAUAAUUGAAGUCAAACCAGGACUUCUAAUAAUGACAAAUAAAUCAUUACAUGUAUUUGUGACCAAGGCUAUGUUGCUGUUUCCUUUUUACCAGUCAAUUAUCUCUCCUUCCCAGAUUUCUCUUUUCAUCAAACGAUUUAAAUUUUCCAUGUAAUUUUUUUAUUAUUGUAUCAAUUGUCCUCCAGUCGUUCUGUAUUAAGUCAUUUUGCAGUUUC